AAAGGCUUAUCAAUGGAUCUCUUUUUACAAACAAAUUUCGUAACUUUCUCUGAGAAAAACCCUCUGGUCAAUUUCAGCAAUCACCAUGUCAAGCAAUCUUCCGACUCUAAAUCGAAGAAGAAUUUCAGUUCCGACUUGUUGUCGAUGAAGCCAUUAACGAUUGAUAACUCUCUCUUCUGUGGCGAUACGAUUCUCAUCAAGGUGUUAAAGGGAAUAACAGAUGAUGAAGUGAAGUUGUUAGAUGAGUUUGAGGAUGUUGAAUAUGACAGAAAGGCUGUUCAUGUGGUGCUGACGGAUACUUCAGAGAAGCUGCAAGUCGGAACAAAGAGGAUCCGGAUUUGUAUGGCGAAUGGGAUUUCGAGGUUAGGAAUAUGGAAGCGGCAUGACAAGGACGGUUUCAUAACCGCAACAAAUAAAUUUCUGGAAGGGAGGAAACUACCAGAAGCAAAGACGAGGAUCGACACAUUAAAAACAUUCUUUAAGCAGGAUAUUGAGAAUGGGAAACCUCUGGAUUCUUGAUGCUCUCUCUGAUCUUUUAGCUGUGUGACUUUCGGUUCUUACAGGAAACAGACCGGUCAGAUUAGGGAACUUGUUGAACUUCCUUUGAGGCAUCCACAACUGUUCGAGGAGGCUGAGAAGGAGGAUUGUCUCUCAGCUCCUUACGCUUAUGGAUGGGCUGAAGUCACGUGCCCAUGUUAUUGUCACGGGAGCUACAAAUCUCCCCAAUAGUAUCAACCCGACUUUGAGAAGGUUUGGAAGAUUCGACCGGGAAUCUGAUAUCGGUGUUCCUGAUGAAACCGGAUGUCUUAGGAUCCACUGCACGAAGAACAUGAAGCUAGCUGAAGAUGUGGAUCUAGAAAGAAUCUCCAAGGACACACAUGGAGAUGUUGCUGCCGAUUUUGCAUCUCUAUGGACUGAAGCUGCCCUUCAAUAAUGUCCAAUUGAUGGUUUACUGUUGCUUGCAUUGGUGCUUUGUGUCAAGAACCCAAAAAACUCAAAAACAAAGAUAUGUAUUAUACUCUCUUUUUUUAUUUUUUUUUCUUUUUACUCAUCCACAUUAGUUUGAAAUCGAUUAGAUUUAUAUUAGUUGUGAAACUAAUCGGAUAUGAUAUCCAGCCAUUUAUAUUUAUUUGGUCGUUAGAGAUUAUUAAUGUUCAAUCUGUUUUCACAACUAAUACAGAUCAAUCGAUUUUUUAUUAGGAAAAAAAUAAUAAUAAUAAUAAUUACAAUAUUAAAUGAAAUUAGAAUCUAAUCCAAACAGGAAUAUGGUGUUGUCUUUUUUAUUGUUUCAGGUUAACAAUUUAUCCACAAAAUGAAAUUCAAGAAGCAAGAAAUACAAGGGAAGAAAACUCACGAAGAAAGCUAAGUUUUAU